UGCGCGGUGGCUGAAGAGGGCGGUCGCGUCACAAUUACCAUUCCGUUCGAUAUAAAUCAACAGACGGAUAUGCACGCCGUCCUGGGGCAGUAUGGUCGGGAAGGUGUAUCAUGGAUAGAGCUGGACGAGGCCAGUAUCGAUGUCGAAACGGGGAGGUCCGUGGCAACAGGCCCGCCUCCGCCGGUUUCCGCACCAUCUCCAUCUGCGUCCAGCGGGUUCACGCAGAUGCUGCCUCCGCUGCUGCCCCCGCCGGCCAGGAAGAAGGAGUGGGGCUCAUUCGCGCUAGGAUCUUACCUGGCCCACACGUUUGCUGUUAACUGUCGCCAGUCAGGAUCCGAAGACACAGGCCUGAUUGAAGCGCCCUCCACUCCUGGCGCUGACCGUGCGGGCGCGUACCGCGACCGUGCAGCGGACAAGGCCGAUGAACGCGGUGCAGUGCAGCGUCAAGGCCAAGCGGGUGAUGAGCGCCUGCCGGGAGCCUAUAGUGCCGCGGAGAGCUUUCGCCCAGCGGCGCCGUUCGGGGGCGAGGGAUCCGGCCACGGACGCCCCGAUGGAGCUCCUGCCGCGGACCGUGCGGGCGCGUCUCGCGACCGUGCAGCGGACAAGGCCGAUGAACGCGGUGCAGUGCAGCGUCAAGGCCAAGCGGGUGAUGAGCGCCUGCCGGGAGCCUAUAGUGCCGCGGAGAGCUUUCGCCCAGCGGCGCCGUUCGGGGGCGAGGGAUCCGGCCACGGACGCCCCGAUGGAGCUCCUGCCGCGGACCGUGCUGUCGCGCCACCAGAGGGUGAAGCGGGCGGUGAUGCCGGGACGAGCGUGGGAGGUGUUUUGGGCGGUGGAAUGGCUGCGCGCGGUCGAGCUGGUGUUCGCGGUGGAACGGGCUCGCGAUUCAAACGAUUCCGUCGUGAUGCCCAUGAUCAGUAGCCUUGAUAAUUGCAUGUCGUUCUCGGGCAAUGCGGAAGUGGCUUUUUCGUUUGGUUCUGGAUUUUUCUCGGCCUGGAUUUGUUUUCUCAAGUGAGUUUGAUUAAGUAACUUUCUAGACUAUCUCACUGUUCGGUCUGUGUUACGUAGUGACAUUUUGUGAUUCGGAAUGGUAUUUGCUUUUUGUGAUGCUGAAA